UUACAGCGAAUAGAUGACGUGAAAUGCGUAAAUUGGGCCGACCUGGUGAUCACAAUCGGCGGAGAUGGCACCUUUCUCUUGGCCUCGAAACUGAUAACAAAUAAUAAAACGCCGAUAUUUGGCAUUAAUCCGCAUCCCGGAAUCAGUACCUUCACACUGCCGAUUGAAUACAGUACAGACAUCGAAAGGAUAUUUGAGAAACUGUAUGCGGGGGAUUACACCGUCUUGAUGAGGAGUCGUAUACGUACAGUAAUGACAGGAGAAGGAUUAUAUCAACAGCCCUUUCAUAUUCACGAAAAGAGUCGCACACGAGGCGAAAAAAGAGUCGACGCACUCAUGAGAUCCACUCAGAGGAAAAUAGCGGAUGCCCUGCAGCCCCGUCAGAGAAUUUUACCUUGGCUGGCAUUAAACGAGGUAUUCAUGGCCGAAUUUAUGGCGUCGAGGCCGAUCGUGUUGGCGAUUCAGGCAGAUGAAGAGAAAAUGUUCAUGAUCCGUUCCUCGGGUAUCUGUGUCUGCACGGGCUCAGGCUCUCGAUCCUGGUUCAAGACAAUGAAUUUGCAGACCGUCCAAACCGUUCAAACUCUUGUGGCCAUGGCAACUGACAGACAACUGGAUAAGAAAGAAACCCACGAAGUGUUGAACAAGUAUCACAGUAAUCUUCUGUUUCCACCAGACGAUUUAAAAAUGGUAUAUAUGAUAUAUGAGAUGUCUCGAAGUGCACUCUGGCCAAAGCUUCUUUCGGACAAGCGAAUGUGUUGCAAAAUCAAAGUCAAAUCGACAGGCUUUGAUGCUGGCCUUAUUCUAGAUGGCAGCGUGUCUUUACCUUUUAAUGAUGGCAGCACCGCGUCCUUCGAAAUCCGACCCGAAUAUUCAUUAAAAAAUAUCAUUUUUCAAUAAGUAUCAUAUAGUCGUUGUAACUUCAUAUCUUAUUGUUGAUAAUUUCUUUUCUUGUCCGGAUAGCUCAAUUAUACGAAAAGCUCUUAAUUCAAUUCUCAGUAGAGAAAAAAUAAAAGAGUGAUCAUGUUGUAAUUACGUCUUUCUUUUAUUUUAAAACUUUUUUUAGAACAUAUCGCUUGUAUUAAUGAAUUUCUGAUGGCGUAAGACCGCUGCGGACUAAAAAAUCCUUCUCUCGAGUCUACUACCGAUUUAUUGUUAAGUUCUCUCAGUAACGACGGACGGUUUAAUACAUUUUAUUUUUAGCCAAAAAAAAACGGACCAUUCUCCUUCUCCAGGACGACUUACAAGUACGAUGGCACGAUAAUUGCAGGCGAACAGCCGGAUUAUAAAUCACUAGCUGGAAUAAAGUCUCGAAACUGUAAUCUUAUACGCUCAGACGGCAAUUACUGCAGAAGAACGUCAUGUGGUCUAAUGGAUGAUAACAUGCACGGUUGACGUUCAAUCCGUCCAGAUUUUUUCGUUUUUCGUUCCUCGUAUCAGGAAGCAUGCAAAUGAC